CUUCCAAUUCCAUCGAUUAGCAUAUGCGGGAAAUAAAAUCGCCCACUACCACACACUGCCAUUUCGAUCUCUCCUCCAAUCAAAUCUCGAAAAGACUCAUCCCCGCCUUGGAAUCCAGAAUACCCACUAGAAUUUUAGGAGAAUCAAUCAAAAAUCCCUUCCAAGAAAAGUGAAUCAAGAAAGAUAUGCCGUCGUUGGAAGACGAAUUGUUUCCGUCCACGCCUGGUAAGUUCAAGAUCGAGAGGGCUCAUGCCAUGAAUCGCCAAUUCCAUCGGUGUUUCGCUUCUACAAGCACUAUGUUCUUGUGGGCUCUCUUCUUGAUCGCACUCACCGUUUCUUAUCUUAGUUUCCAGAGCUUUGUCGAUUCUGGCAGCCAGUAUUUCGCUGCUUCUUGGGGAGGAAUUCAGUGGGAGAAGCAGGUGCGCAACUCUGCCCAGAUCCAUCGGUCUGGCGGCAUGGCCGUACUAGUCACCGGUGCUGCUGGUUUCGUUGGUUCGCACGUAUCUCUGCAACUAAAGAAACGCGGAGACGGCGUUGUUGGGCUUGACAAUUUCAACAAUUACUAUGAUCCGUCGCUCAAGAAGGCUCGCAAAACGCAACUCGACAACCACGGAAUCUUUGUCGUGGAAGGGGAUGUGAAUGACGCACGGCUCCUCGCCAAGCUUUUCGACGUCGUGGCGUUCACUCACGUGAUGCAUUUGGCGGCCCAAGCCGGAGUCAGGUACGCUCUGGAGAACCCACACUCUUAUGUCCACAGCAACAUAGCCGGGCUUGUCACGCUUCUUGAGGCUUGCAAAUCGGCUAAUCCUCAGCCGUCUAUCGUCUGGGCUUCUUCAAGCUCCGUUUACGGCUUAAACGAGAAGGUCCCUUUCUCAGAAGCUGAUCGGACGGACCAGCCCGCGAGUCUCUAUGCGGCUACGAAAAAGGCAGGUGAAGAAAUCACGCACACGUAUAACCACAUUUACGGGUUGUCAAUUACCGGAUUGAGGUUUUUCACCGUUUACGGUCCAUGGGGUAGACCCGACAUGGCCUACUUUUCUUUCACCCGGAAUAUCUUGCAAGGGAAGCCAAUCACAGUAUAUCGGGGCAAGGACCGGGUCGACUUGGCCAGGGAUUUUACAUACAUUGAUGAUAUAGUGAAGGGUUGUUUGGGGUCUUUGGAUACAGCGGGGAAGAGUACCGGUUCGGGUGGUACGAAAACGGGUCCUGCACAGUACCGGAUCUUUAACUUGGGCAAUACGUCUCCGGUGACCGUACCGACACUGGUGAGUAUCCUUGAGAGGCACUUGAAGACGAAAGCAAAGAAGCGGAUCGUGGACAUGCCUGGAAAUGGUGAUGUGCCGUUCACGCAUGCGAACAUCAGCUUGGCCCGAAGAGAACUCGGGUACAAACCCACAACCGAUUUGAAUACCGGGUUGAGAAAGUUUGUUAAGUGGUACCUAUCUUACUACGGCUACAAUCCCGGCAAGGCUGUCAAUUAAAUUUCUUUACUUUUUUGGUCAAAAAAAAAUCUGUGGAUUUUCUUUUUCAAACAAAAAAGAAAAAGAAGAAAAUUGAGAUAAAAAGGAAAUUCCGUCCGGGGGCAAAAAAAAAAGGAUACAUGAUAUUCUUUUCCCCGGGGUGCAGUCAAAAGACAAAACGGCUGAGUCCUCUGUCGUUUUGUUGUUCCUUUUUAUUUCUUUUUUGUGCAAGUAAAGACGACUUCCAAGUUUUUUGAUGUUAUUUUUGGUAAAUAAUUUUUCAGUUUUUUACUUU